UUCAUUUUGAUUUCCCCUCUCCAUUCUCCUGCCUCCUCGCUCCUGCCCCCAUGGCUGCAAGCUGAUCAGCAGGAGGAAAAAAAAAAAAUCAGUAAACGGAGCCAGGAUUCGCUACUGCCCUGAAUGCCUGCAAUCUGGAUCAGGGAAGGGGACCUCACGGCUGAGCAUGAAAAGGGUUGCUAAAUUCCAGGUAUCCGCACGCCUGCAGUACCUGUACAUCAGCACCCAGUAUGCACGCUGGACACACAGCAUUCACAAGUUCCUACCGAGCAGAAUAAAAGCCAGCAGCCUCCAGCUCUCAGCCCAGGAGGAACAUUAACAUCAGCAGCAAGCCUGCCUGGAGGGCUGGAAGGGAAGCAGAGCAAGUUUGCUUCUGCUCUUCUGAAGGAGAUUGGCAGAUAGGACUCCACAGAAUGGAGCAAGAAUGAGAGGAAAAAGGCAGACAGAAAAGCAUGAACUGGAGGUUUGUUGAGUUCAUCUACUUCCUGUUUAUAUGGGACCAUAUAACAGUACAGCCCUCCUACCAGGAACCAACUGUUACCGACCAACAUGACUCCAAGGAAUUUGAUUGGCUUAUUUCAGACAGGGGGCCUUUCCACCACUCACGGAGCUACUUAUCCUUUGUGGAAAGACAUCGUCAAGGAUUUACAACCCGAUAUAAAAUAUACAGGGAGUUUGCCCGUUGGAAGGUGAGGAACACAGCCAUCGAGCGGAGAGAUCUGCUCCGCAACCCAGUGCCACUGAUGCCUGAGUUUCAGAGAAGCAUCAGACUCCUUGGGAGGCGACCCACGACUCAGCAGUUCAUCGAUACCAUCAUUAAAAAGUACGGCACCCACAUCCUCAUCUCUGCUACCUUGGGAGGAGAGGAGGCCUUGACCAUGUACAUGGACAAAAGUCGACUCGACAGGAAGUCAGGGAAUGCUACGCAGAGCGUGGAGGCCUUGCAUCAACUUGCAUCCUCCUACUUCGUUGAUCGUGAUGGCACCAUGAAGCGACUCCAUGAGAUCCAGAUCUCUACUGGAGCUAUCAAGGUAACAGAAACACGCACUGGCCCUUUAGGCUGCAACAGCUAUGACAAUCUGGACUCUGUGAGUUCUGUCCUUCUACAAAGCACCGAAAGCAAGCUCCAUCUCCAAGGUCUCCAGAUCAUCUUCCCUCAGUAUCUGCAAGAGAAAUUUGUCCAGUCGGCCUUGAGUUAUAUUAUGUGCAAUGGGGAGGGAGAGUACGUGUGCCACAACAGCCAGUGCCGAUGUCAGUGUGCGGAGGAAUUCCCACAAUGCAACUGUCCCAUCACUGACAUCCAGAUCAUGGAGUACACCUUGGCCAAUAUGGCCAAGUCUUGGACUGAAGCUUAUAAAGACCUGGAAAAUUCAGAUGAGUUUAAAUCGUUCAUGAAAAGGCUACCUAACAAUCACUUUCUGACCAUUGGGAGCAUCCAUCAGCACUGGGGAAAUGACUGGGACCUGCAGAACCGCUACAAGCUUCUCCAGAGCUCCAUGGAAGCUCAUCGUCAGAAGAUCCAACGCACUGCCCGGAAACUCUUCGGCCUCAGUGUCCGCUGUCGACACAAUCCCAACCACCAGCUGCCUAGAGAAAGGACGAUCCAGCAGUGGCUUACCCGGGUCCAGUCCCUGCUCUACUGCAAUGAGAAUGGCUUUUGGGGCACCUUUUUGGAGAGCCAGAGAAGCUGCGUGUGCCAUGGCAGCACCAGCCUGUGCCAGCGGCCCAUCCCCUGCAUCAUCGGGGGCAACAACAGCUGCGCCAUGUGCAGCCUGGCCAACAUCUCUCUCUGCGGCUCCUGCAAUAAGGGCUACAAGCUGUACCGGGGCCGCUGCGAGCCACAGAAUGUGGACUCGGAGCGCAGCGAGCAGUUCAUCAGCUUCGAGACGGACUUGGAUUUCCAGGACCUGGAGCUGAAGUACUUGCUGCAGAAGAUGGACUCUCGCCUCUAUGUGCACACCACCUUCAUCAGCAAUGAGAUCCGGCUAGACACCUUCUUCGACCCCCGGUGGCGCAAGCGCAUGUCGCUGACCCUGAAGAGCAACAAGAACCGCAUGGACUUCAUCCACAUGGUGAUCGGCAUCUCCAUGCGCAUCUGCCAGAUGCGCAACAGCAGCCUGGACCCCAUGUUCUUUGUCUACGUCAACCCCUUCAGCGGGAGCCAUUCGGAAGGCUGGAACAUGCCCUUCGGGGAGUUCGGCUACCCGCGUUGGGAGAAGACCCGCCUCCAGAACAGCCAGUGCUACAACUGGACCCUGCUCCUGGGGAACCGGUGGAAAACGUUUUUCGAGACUGUCCACAUCUACCUACGCAGCCGGACACGGCUGCCCUCCCUGCUGAGGAAUGAGACCGGCCAGGGGCCCGUGGACCUGUCGGAUCCUGCCAAGAGGCAGUUUUACAUCAAGAUCUCAGAUGUGCAGGUCUUCGGGUACAGCCUGCGGUUCAACGCUGACCUCCUGCGGAGCGCCGUCCAGCAGGUCAACCAGUCGUACACCCAAGGCGGGCAGUUCUACUCCUCGUCCUCGGUGAUGCUGUUGUUGCUGGAUAUUCGGGACCGAAUCAAUAGACUGGCACCCCCUGUGGCCCCGGGCAAGCCCCAGCUGGACUUGUUCUCCUGUAUGCUCAAACACCGCCUGAAACUGACCAACAGCGAGAUCAUCCGGGUCAACCAUGCCCUGGAUCUCUACAAUACUGAGAUCCUCAAACAGUCUGACCAGAUGACAGCCAAACUCUGUUAACGUGGAUCUCACCAGGGACCGAUCCUUUUGCUGUACAAAAAAAAGAAAAAAAAAGAAAUUUGUAAAAUGUAAUGAAUACACAAAGGAGGGAGAAAUUCUUCAUUUGUUGGAAACUAAACCGUUCUAGCAACUGUAUAAAACCGAUGGGCAUGUUUUGUUAUUUCUAUAAUCCGUCAUAAGAAAAGGGUUGCACCUUCCUCUCGGAGUUUUGGGGGUAUUGCUUGUAAGGCCUCAGGGGGUGCGUUGAGGGUUUAGAGAAGGGACCACUUACAUAAUGAAUUGUAAAGACCUCUGCUGUGCAGGUGCCAAGAUUAUAUACAAAAGAGAGAGCUAUCUGUAAUGUAGAAACCACACUGCCAUUUUUCCUUGUGGGAGGAAAUGGUCAAAGAUAAAGAAGAUAUUUCUUCUGAUGAGAUUG